UACGUCAUUGCGUACGUAGUACACGCCAAGACGCACGCAACGUCAGCCUCACUCGACGGUGUUCGACUCCGUAGUUGUUCGGGCAGUCUUGAGGUCGUCGCUGAGCCGUCACUAUGGUGAAGAUCUUCAUUGGGAACAUUGCCCAAGAGGCGGAGAAGGAUGAGCUGGAGGCUCUGUUCACGCCGUACGGCCAGGUCACAGAGUGUGCCAAGUACAAGAACUACGCCUUUGUUCACAUGGAUGACCGGAAGUCGGCCACCAAAGCCAUCCGCGAGCUGCACGGCCACAAGCUCCACGGCAGGCCCAUCAACGUGGAGCCCAGCCGGGGCAAGAACAACGGGCCCGUGAAGCUUCACAUCGCCAACGUGGAGAAGGGCCACGACGACGAGCUCCGCGCGCUGUUCGAGGAGUACGGAGACGUCUCCGAGUGCGCCAUCAUCAAGAACUUCGCCUUUGUGCACAUGCCCAACAGCGAGGAAGCGAUGGACGCAAUAAAGGGACUGGACAACACCGAGUUCCAGGCCAAGCGCAUCCACGUCCAGAUGUCGAGGAAUCGCCCGCGGGGCGGAGAGGAGGAGGAGGAGUACCCUCCGCCCAUGCACCGGGGAGGUUACUUCCCUCCCCGGCAUUACCCGGGACCGGACCACCCCGACAUGCACUACAGAGGGCGCAUGCAUGGGUACCCUCCUCCCCCACCCCCGCCACCUCCUCCGCGUCGGCCCGCCUACCCGGAGCACCCGUACGGCGGCGAGCGGGACGGAUACAACGUGGUCGACUACUACGAGAAGUACCGGGCAAGACCCUACGCCCCGGCGCCCUACGCCUCCGCCGCCCCGCCUUCCUACCCGGCACCCCCGUCCUACGCCCCGGCGCCCUCCUACGCCCCGGCGCCCUACAUGGACAGGCGGGCGCCCCCCAUCCCACCACCACCCCCCUCUGCGAGGGAGCGGCCCUACGACCCUUACGAUGGUCGUUCCCUGGGCGCCCCUCCUCCACCCACUUCGGCCGCCGCCUACUACGCCAGGGACAGGAGUCCCAUCCGGCGCACUCCUCUCCCCACCCCGCCGCCCCCCUCCGGCAACGGCUACUCGUACGAGAGGUCCCGGCUGUCACCGGUGCCCCGGCCCCCCAUGUACGCGCUGCCCCGACCCAGGGACCCGUACGGAGCUCCGCCGCCGCCGCCGCCACGCUAUGCUGGCUAUUAGCAUCGCUGGAAAGCAAGAGAGAGACCCAAGGUUUAGACUAUGUCAAGAUCGUCGUCUGCUGAUGCACGUGGCGCUAUACCCGCAACCCCCCCUUCGAACCGCCCACUGUAGUCUACGGCGGAUUGCGUUGCGUUCGCCAUGAGGCUUCACGGAAGCGACUAUUGCGGAAGUGUCCGUAAUUUUUAAACCAUUCGAUGGCUUCGAAUCACACGUCCUCAUCCUUGGGCUGAUGUUGGCGCCUUUCUUUUGAUUAUUAUUUUGUUGUCAUGUUUGUUUUACUAUUCAGAAUUCUACUGUUUGCAGUUUACUGGUGAAGGUGCCUCAUCUACUUAAACAAAACGUCAAUCGACAAAAAUAACUAUUUUCUGCUUUUCGGUCAUUAUUUUAUAUAGACUAAGAAAACUGUGACUUAAUUUGUUCGUCAGUUAAAUAACCGAUUUGUGUGAGGCAAUUUAUUCGUAGGGUUUUCUGUUUGUUCUUUUUCAAAAUGCUAUGAAUUGUUUCUAGUCACAGGAAUCAUGCCGUUGUAGUGGCGUUGUAAUCAUAGCGCUUGUCACAGAUUGUUCAACUUUAACAGUCCAUAUAUUUGCGACGCAUGACGAAUCACAUUUCCACUGUUGUUCUAAAAUUAGAAUUAUUUUACUUUUGCGGACAUUGAAUCUUUAAUACAUCUAGCAACGACAUGUUUGAUUUUAUUUUCCUCAGACCUCUUUUCAUUUUCAAGUCUUUUAAAUAAACACAUGUUACCAACAAAGAAUUCGGCGUUCCUACUCGCAUCAUUGCAUCGAUCAUAGGUGAGGCCUUCUAGUCCAAGUUUCAUUUUUUAACUAUCCUUAAUUUCGUAACUAAACCUUGUUUCAAUUUAAGCAAUUGAGCCGUAAUUCCUAGCUCCGAUAUGGUCGCGUGUUGCUACGACAACUGUUAAUAAACAAAAAAUGAUGUACAUGUAUCAAUUGUGUAAUUCCCAUCAUGCAUAUUUCUCACGCAUUUGCCAUUGACCUUUGCUUCCCCUUCUCACUGCACUUAACCCUUCACCCCAUUGUUUGGCGCUACCUACUCUGGUAUCCUCAGUGUUUGUGCUCUUUGUAGGUUACCAUACCCCUCGCCCCCUGCACAGGGGUUGACGUAACGCUAUGCCAGGUGUCGGCGCUACACGGUAAGUGUCCAUCAGGAGAGCCCUCUGACAGGAUGAGCUGGGUAGGUACUACACCAAAAUGACCUAUCUGUGACAUCCCGCGCACAUCCCGCCCUCUUGUUUAAACUGUCUGUCUGUACCCUGAUCUCUCACCGCAGGGGAGCCGUCCUGGGAAGGCAGCGGUGGCUUGUGGCCAGCUGAACUGUAUUGGCUGAGCGCCAGUCAGGCCCAGCGCUGAUGGGAAUCUACGUGUAGGCUUCAAAGGUGAUUUCAGUGGCUUGCCCAAUAGGAAGAGUCCCUAUUUUCCGAACUAUGAUAGAUCACUCUAAACACAAAGAAUAUGGAAAAUAUUAACUGGGAGGAUUUGCCAUCUUCUGGGUAGGUCACCAAGUACUAAGGAAGUGUGGGUAAGACCUUGCUUGAAAAGAAAAGGCCUUUACUCUAUGAAAGGGUAAAAGCCUUUGUGAAAUCCGGAGGAUGGCAAGAUUGAAGAACUCGGGGCUUAAAUCUUUAAGCCCCGAAUGAUCUAACUGGUGCCUGUUGGUUGAAGCCAGCUGCCUUAAAAUGUGGAUGUUUUUUUAAUUUUUGUUUAAUGUAUACAAAGAUCUGGCUUCAAAUUGUGUCAUUUGAGAUCCCAUGUAAUGCUCUUCACAGUUUUUGUCAAAAAAUGUCGUAAUUUCUUCAACUGCAGGCAGCCGAUACGGUCUUACUCCAUGGAAAGGAUGUGAGGCUGACGGAUCAGAACCACUACAUCAAAAACCAGUGUAGAUCAGUGAUGCAGUCAUGAAACUGAAACCAAACCAAGUCGUCAUCCCCCCAGCCCACCCAUAAUGAAUGCAGAUGAAAAGGCACAGAUGCUGAUCAUGGUGGGUGUCUGUUCUGUCUGGGAAAAUUUACACAUCACCACACCCGAUGAAUAAAAGCACGUAAUAAACAUGUUUUUAUGAUUAGACCUAAAACACGUUAUUUUUUUUGGCCACAACUCUACUUACCAGCUCAAAAAAGGAAUUGCUCUGUUAGAUGUAUGUUUCUGAGCCUGCCUGGGAGGGGGUGAAGAAUUGUGGGGUGUCCAGAUUACACAGGCUGUUUGCGGAGACGGCCCGAGUGGAUGUCUCAGGUUCACUAAUUGGGGGCAGACGGGCCACUGUGACUGCCUGCUGCCUCUCAUCCAUGUCUGCCCCUGUGCAGACAUGGUGCUGUGCUGAGUACCAGUCUUCAGGCUACUCGGAUAAAAGAGGCGCUGCUGGGCCCCCGGUCAUGUCCUCAACUCAAGGAACGUGAAACUGGCCCCUCACUCGACCUCCAUGCUGAGGCCCAGCCCAGUGACGAUGCACAUGAGAGGUCUGUCAUAUCUUGUAGAAGGAACAACCCAAAUGAUCUCUUGACCCGAAACUUCUGUGGUGCACGUGGCAGAGUAACAUGUGAUAACAUAUCGUUGUAUUAAAAAAAAAAAGAUAAAGCAUUUAUUCUGAUCCAGACCUUGCCUUGGUGUCAAUUUUUUUCUAAUCACUAACUAAAAAAACUGCACGGAAAUCAAAGGGAUCAAUGUAGGUCACUGGAAAAUAACCUCUCCUUUUCACUUACCGAGGGCAACGGUCAGGUAUUACCAACACCAUUGAGAGUUGGCUUUUCCAUAUUCGAUUGUAAGGUAUCGCAGGAAGAUAAAGGUUAUGACUAGAUAUCUACUUUGACAGCACUUUCCCACAAGACAAGUAAGCACUCAAACUCAUCUGCUCAUGAUUUAGUUUUAGCAUUGUUCCUUCGACAGAAUAAUAUCAGGUCAAUACAGACUAAAGCUAAAGGCCAUGUGAGGUUAACGUUUGAAAUGAUUAAACUACUUAACUUUACGGUUCAAAUCAACAUUUAUUCUGAGGUCAAAAAAAGUGCCACAAGUCAUGCUUGACAAACGGAGGGUUUACUACAACCAGAUACAUGUGUCCGACGCUCAAACAUUUCUUUCACUUCCUCUACAUGGUGUGCGGAGAACAACCUCAUCCUCAACACCUCAAAGAACAAAGAGCUGAUCUUUGAUUAUAGGAGGAAUAAGCCGGACAUUCAGCCCAUCUAUAUGAACGGGGAGAGCGGGCAGAGAGUCUCGGACCUCAGGUUCCUGGGCAUGCACAUUCAGCAGGACCUGACCUGGAUAAUAAACACCAAGGCCCUUAUGAAAAAGGCCCAACAGAAACUAUUUCCUAAGGAUCCUCAGGAAGAACAAUCUUCCGGAGAAAAUGCUGAUGUCCUUUUAUCGCUGCACCAUUGAGACUGUCCUAAGCUACAGCAUCUUGCUGUGGUUUGCCAGUUGCACUGCAGCUGAGAGGAAAGCGCUCC